CUGUAUGUUUGUUUGUUUGUCUAUGUGUCUGUCUGUUUGUAUAUUGUUUGUUUGUGUGUUUCUUCUGUUGUUUGUUUGUAUGUUUGUUUGUUUGUCUAUUUGUCUGUCUGUUUGUAUAUUGUUUGUUUGUAUGUUUGUUUGUUUGUCUAUUUGUCUGUCUGUUUGUAUAUUGUUUGUUUGUGUGUUUUUUGUUUGUUUGUUUGUUUGUUUGUUUGUUGUAUGUUUGUUUGUUUGUCUAUGUGUCUGUCUGUUUGUAUAUUGUUUGUUUGUGUGUUUGUUUGUUUGUUUGUGUGUUUGUUUGUUUGUCUAUGUGUCUGUUUGUUUGCAUUUUGUUUGUUUGUUUGUUUGUUUCUGUGUGUGUGUGUUUGUUUGUUUGUUUGUGUGUUUGUCUAUGUGUCUGUCUUUUGUUUGUAUAUUGUUUGUUUCUUUGUUUGUUUGUGUGUUUAUCUACAUGUCUGUCUUUUGUAUAUUGUUUGUUUGUGUGUUUGUUUGUUUAUUUUUUUGUUUAUUUGUUUGUUUAUUUGUUUGUUUGUCUAUGUGUCUGUUUGUAUAUUGUUUGUUUGCUUGUUUAUGUACGUGUUUGUCUACAUGUUUGUUUUUUGUUUGUUUGUUUGUUUGUGUGUUUGUCUACAUGUCUGUCUUUGUAUAUUGUUUGUUUCUUUGUUUGUUUGUCUAUGUGUCUGUCUGUUUGUAUAUUGUUUGUUUGUUUGUGUGUUUGUCUACAUGUUUGUCUUAUGUAUAUUGUUUGUUUGUGUGUUUGUCUAUGUGUCUGUCUGUUUGUGUAUUGUUUGUUUGUUUUUUGUUUGUUUGUUUCUUUGUUUGUUUGUCUAUGUGUCUGUCUGUUUGUAUAUUGUUUGUUUGUUUGUGUGUUUGUCUACAUGUUUGUCUUAUGUAUAUUGUUUGUUUGUGUGUUUGUCUAUGUGUCUGUCUGUUUGUGUAUUGUUUGUUUGUUUUUUGUUUGUUUGUUUAUGUGUUUGUUUGUUUGUGUGUGUGUUUGUGUACAUGUCUGUCUGUUUGUAUAUUGUGUUUGUGUUGUCUGUUUGUUUAUCUGUUUGUUUGUGUGUUUGUUAUACGUAAGAUUGUUGUGUUUGUUUAA